AUGGAGCUAGGCAGGACUCAGCUAAAACUCAACCCCAGGUACACAGCAGAUCUGCUGGAGGUGCUGGAAACCAAUUACAGCAUCCCCCCUGCCUGCUUCUCUUACCCUCCCACGGCAGCCCAACUCUUGAGAGCGUUGGGCCCUGUGGAAAUAGCCCUCAUGGGCAUCAUGACCUUGCUUGUCCUGGGUUCGAUUGCCAUCUUCCUGGAGGAUGCUAUCUACCUGUACAAGAACACCCGCUGCCCCAUCAAGAGGAGAACUCUGCUCUGGAUUAGCUCUGCACCCACGGUAGUGUCUGUGUUCUGCUGCUUUGGUCUCUGGAUCCCUCGUUCCCUCAUGAUUGUGGAAAUGGCCGUAACCUCGUUUUAUGCGAUGUGCUUUUACCUGGUGAUGCAGGUCAUGGUGGAAGGCUUUGGUGGGAAGGAGGCAGUGUUGCGGACACUGAAAGACACUCCAAUGGUGGUCCACACAGGACCCUGCUGCUACUGCUGUCCCUGCUGCCCCCGACUCAUUCUCACCAGGAAGAAGCUUCAGCUGCUGAUGUUGGGUCCCUUCCAAUAUGCCUUCCUCAAGAUAUCUCUGGUCGUGGUGGGCCUCUUUCUCAUGCCAGAUGGCAUCUAUGACCCAGCAGAUAUCUCUGAGAGGAGCACCUCUCUAUGGAUCAACACUUUCCUUGGUGUGUCCACCCUCUUGGCCCUCUGGACCCUGGCCAUCCUUUUCCGUCAAGCCAAGCUGCACCUGGGUGAGCAGAACAUGAGAGCCAAAUUUAUUCUGUUCCAGAUGCUCCUCAUUCCGACUGCUCUGCAGCCCUCUGUUUUCUCAAUCUUGGCCAACAGUGGGCAGAUUGCUUGUUCACCUCCCCUUUCCUCUAAAACCAGGUCUCAAGUGAUGAAUUGCCACCUCCUCAUACUGGAGUCUUUUCUGUUGACUGUGCUGACACGAAUGUUCUACCGAAGGAAAGACCACAAAGUUGGGUAUGAAACUAUUUCUCCAGACUUGGACUUGAACCUCAAAACCUGA